AUGGGUGCUGUGUCCUCCCUGGGCCGCUCCCUCUUUCCAUUCCGCCUGGUGAUGCUCCUCCCUGGCCUCUCCUGCCUCUUUCCGGACUUCGUUUUUCUUCCAGAGAGGGGCUUCUCCUCCUACGAAGUGAUCAUCCCCAGGCAAUUGGGACCCCGCAGUGGGGACCCCAAGGUGGCCGGGCAGGUGUCCUACCUCCUGCGUGUGGACGGCAAAAAGCACGUCGUUCAGUUGCAGGUCAAGAAGCUUCUGUUGUCUAGACACCUGCGGGUUUUCUCCUUCACAGAGCGGGGAGCCAGACUGGAGGACCAACCCCACAUCCCCGAAGAUUGCAACUAUGGCGGUUAUGUGGAGGGUUCCCCGGACUCCCAGGCUACCUUAAGCACCUGCUUUGGGGGGCUUCGAGGGAUACUGAACAUGAAUGGAAACUUUUACCAGGUGGAGCCCCUGAAAGCCUCCACCACGUUUGAACACAUAUUAUAUCGCCUGAGAGAGGAGGGGUUCACAAACCAGACCUGUGGUCUAACUGACAAAGGAAUAGCCGGUCAGUUAGCCCAGAGCCAGAGCCUGGAGGUUCUUGGCAAGACAGAUUUUUCUCACUCCUACAUACACCUAAAGUAUAUAGAGUUGAUGCUUGUGAUGGACCACAAUAGGUAUUUGACUAGAGGCUCCAAUAUGACCCAGAUAAUUUCUGACUGCCUUACCUUGUCAGGAAUAGCAGACACAAACUUUAAAACCCUGAAUGCUCACAUUCGUCUGACAGCCAUUGAUGUAUGGACAGAUGAAAAUAAAAUAGAUGAAAAUGGGGACAAAUUAAUACAAGUUUUACAAUUAUUUUCUUUCUAUAAAAAACAUGUUCUUUAUCCUCGGAUCUCCAUGGAUUGGGCUCAUUUAUUUGUUGGCAAACACUUUGGGGAUGCUGCGGGAUGGGCUUGGGUCUCUGGUGCUUGUCAUUCAUUUACAGCAUCUUCAGUAAGCAGCCUACCCCGGGAAGUCAACCUUGACUAUGCUUUGGCAUUUGUUCAUGAAAUGGGUCAUGGCUUUGGCAUGGCCCACGAUUCAGAGUUCUGUACUUGUGGGGCAAAAAGGUGCCUCAUGGAUGCUUCCUUGGGAGGCAGGACUUUCAGUAAUUGUAGCUUUGACAGUUAUUUUAAUUUUGUCACCAAGAAAGGAAAAUGUCUGUAUAACAUCCCAGACAUGGUGUACAGGAUAGAGAGGUGUGGCAACAAGGUGGUGGAGCAGGGAGAGGAUUGUGACUGUGGCUCCGAAGCAGAAUGUCGACAUGAUAAAUGUUGUUUGCCAACUUGCAAAUUUAAACAAAGGGCCCAGUGUAACUCUGGACUUUGCUGUAAACGCUGCCAUUUUCGUCCAUCUGGAAAAGUAUGUAGACCGAAGAGGACUGAGUGUGAUCUUGAUGAGUUCUGUAAUGGGACCACCAAUCUCUGCCCAGAUGACUUCUAUAAACAAGAUGGCACCCCGUGUGGUAAUAACGAGACAGGCCUUUGUUACCACAAUCAAUGCCAUUCUCAUCUCCAGCAGUGCAGAAGACUUUUUGGCCAUGGCGCCCAGAAUGGCCCAGCUUGCUGCUAUGCACAAAUCAACCGAGGUGACCGCUUUGGCAAUUGUGGACUCAAGGACAUUAAAUAUAAGCGAUGUAAACCUCAGGACAUAAUGUGUGGAAGAGUGCAGUGUGUUAAUAUAAGGGACAUCCCUUCUAUGCCUGAUCACACUGCAAUUGUUCAGACUCAUCUAGGGAAUGUUGUAUGCUGGGGAACAGACUAUCACGCUGCAAUGGCGACCAUUAAUUUAUCCGAUGUGGGGGAGGUCAAAGAUGGCACCCCUUGUGGCAAGGGGCUCAUCUGUAUUAACAAGUCUUGCCAGAGUAGCUCACUUCUCAAUUAUGACUGUGUCCCACAGAAGUGCAGCCAUCGAGGAGUGUGUAAUAACCGGAGAAACUGCCAUUGUGACUCUGGAUGGGCCCCUCCAUUCUGCAUAGAGCCUGGAGAUGGAGGAAGCGUUGACAGUGGACCUCCCUCCAAAUGGGACGGGAGUAAGAGUUUAUUCAGGCACCUGAAGGGGAAUCGUUUCACUUUCCCUGCCUCUUUUGUGGCACUGUAUUAA